CUCCACCUUCCUUCUCUCUAUCCCCCCCUCCCUCUUUUCUCUCUCUCUUUCCUCUCCCUCUCUCUAAACCCUGCCAUUUCUCUCUCCUCUUACCUUAUGCUUCAGCGCGAAUCCAAUAAAACCGUACAAACGAUAAAGGAUUUAUGGCACCAACAAGGAAUCCUAGAAGUAUGAAUAAGCGGUUUUCAAGUUUAAAUGAGGUCUCUCCUGAGAAAGACGGAGUUAACUCAAAUAAAAAUAAGCAACGGAAGAAAAAGUUGUCUGAUAAAUUAGGAUCACAGUGGAACAAGGAGGAACUAGAGCGGUUUUAUGUAGCAUACAGGAAGUACGGGAAAGACUGGAAGAAGGUGGCUAAAGUUGUACGUAAUAGAUCUGUAGAAAUGGUGGAGGCUCUUUACAAUAUGAAUCGGGCAUACCUAUCUCUGCCAGAGGGGACAGCUUCUGUUGUUGGCCUAAUUGCAAUGAUGACGGAUCACUAUAAUGUGCUGGAAGAGAGUGAUAGUGAAAGAGAGAUCAAUGAUGCACCAGGAUCUCGAAAACAUGUGAAACGAAAGCGGGGGAAAAUUCAGCUUAGUGUCUCAAAAGAUGCAGACCAGUCUCAAUCAAUUGCUUCCAAUGAUGGUUGCCUCUCUCUAUUGAAGAGAGGACGCUUUGAUGGUAGCCAGCCUCGUGCAGUUGGGAAAAGGACUCCUCGUGUCCCAGUUAAUUACUCCUAUAAGAAAGAUUAUAGGGAAAAUUAUGUGUCACCUAAUAAAAGAAGCCUGAAGUCAGAUUUUGAUGCUAAUGAUGAUGAAGUUGCUCAUGUGGCAGCUUUUGCAUUAACUGAGGCUGCACAAAGAGGUAGUGUUCCCCAAAUAUCUCAAAUGCCGUAUAAAAGAUCAGAUCAGAAGUCCACUCCUGUUCAGAGCUGGGAAAGAAUGCACCAAGAGUCCGAGACAGUUCCUGUCAAGUUUUAUAAUUCUUCUAUGGAAGAAGAGUGCUUGGAAGUUAGUAUAGAAAGCAGGGGAGCUGAAAAUGGAGAAUAUACUAGAGAUACUAGUUCCUUGAUGAACAUGGAAGGCAUAGGCACUGUUGAAGUUCAUCAGAAAGGGAAAAAAAACUAUGCAAAGAAGAAAAGAGUGGAAAUUGUUGGAAACUAUCUUGAUGAUGGUGGAGAAGCAUGUAAUGGCACUGAAGAAGGACUUAAUUUUAGUUUGAAGGAAAAAGUUGUUAUUGAGGGUACUAAUGCCAAACCAAAGCAUAAUCUUUUGUUUGGAGAUGAAAGCUCUGCCCUGGAUGCUUUGCAAACUUUGGCUAAUCUGUCUCUAAUGAUACCAGCAUCUACUUUGGAAUCUGAAUCAUCUGCCCAGUUGAAGGAAGGAAGAAUGAUUGUUGAGAAAGCCAAAAAGUCUACUUUUCCUGAAGGGACCCAAAACAUAGACAAAAUUCUCCCAGAUUCAAGACAAAAGGUUGUUCAUGCAGGCCCUGGAAUUGAAGUUUCAACCUCCCCAAAAUCUAAACUUGAAAGGGAAUCAGUAAAUGAUACUAAUGCUCUCUUUGAAUCAAAAGAGCAUAUUCUCUCUGCUUAUAAAACGUGGAAAAGAAAACGCAAGUCUAUGGUUUCAAAGGAUGUAGAUGAAGAGAGCAAAGCUGAUCAGAUUUCCACUCUUGAAAAACAAUUAAAGUUGGUCAUGUCAUCAGAAAGUUCCCCGUGUAGUGACCAGAAAGAAUUGGGCGUAUCAACUGCAGAAAUUCCACUUGCGAGUGAAGUUAUUUUAUCAACUAAAAUAAGAAGUAGACAUAAGAUGAUUUUACAGAGAACGUUAAUGCCUAAAGAGAAAUCUUCUGAGAACAUAUUGAAAAGUCAACCUAAUAAAGAUUUGACCCCCCUCCAAGAUAGGGCAUUAGUUUUAAAGGAAAAGCUUUCUGGUUGCUUGUCAUCUUAUAUGGUUCGCAGAUGGUGUAUGUUUGAAUGGUUUUAUAGCGCAAUUGAUUAUCCAUGGUUUUCCAAAAGGGAGUUCACGGAGUACUUAAAUCUUGUAGGUCUAGGGAAUAUCCCAAGGCUAUGUCAUGUUGAGUGGAGUGUCAUUAAAAGUUCCCUUGGCAAACCACGCAGAUUUUCUGAACACUUUCUUCAUGAAGAAAGACAAAAUCUGGAACGGUAUCGGGAAUCUGUUAGGAAACAUUAUGCUGAACUGCUGACUGGUAUCAGAGAUGGACUUCCAACGGAUUUAGCUAAACCUUUAUAUGUUGGACAACGAGUAAUUGCUCUUCACUCAAAGACAAGAGAGAUUCAUGAUGGAAUUGUGCUUACAGUUGACCAUGACAAGUACAGGGUUCAGUUUGACCGUCCUGAAUUGGGUGUUGAAUUUGUCAUGGACAUUGAUUGCAUGCCUUUUAAUCCAUUGGAUAAUAUGCCAGAAGCUCUGAGGAGGCAUAUUGACGCUGGUAAAGUCCCUCGUGUGAGUAAAGAACCACAACUGAAAGGAAAUUCAAGUUUUGGGGGGUGCAUGACGUGGGCUUCAAGUGGACCUGGGGAGAAGACACACACCGCUUCAAUUAAUUUGGCUAAGCAGGAAAAGGUUUCUAAUGCUUUGCUUCAUUUGAGGCAACGUAAUAAUAACACGGGAAACUCAUUGCCACCUUGGAUGAAACCUCAAGCAAGUUUCAACGUUCAUGAUGGCCUUGCCAGUACGUUGGAUAGUUCUUUACCUCAAGAGUUAGGGUCAACUGUCAUUGAAAUUAUUAGAGGAUCAAGGCUUAAAGCACAUGCCAUGGUGGAUGCGGCAAUUCAGGCAUUGUCUUUGACGAAGGAAGGUGGAGAUGCUUUCAUGAGGAUUGGGCAGUUAUUGGAUUGUAUCGAUUAUCAGAAGUUGGGCACCAACUCUAGGUUACCUGGGAUCAGGUCCCAAGAGCAAGUGAAUUGCAGUUUUGAUUACCAUAGUCGGUCAAUUUGCUGUUCAUCUGAGCCUUUGCUCAAUGAUGCAUCUGGUCCAAAAUUGCAUCACGAUUCUGACAAAGUUGAUACCAAAAUUCCUUCAGACCUCAUCAUUUCUUGUGUUGCUACAUUGAUCAUGAUACAGACUUGUACUGAACGACAAUAUCCUCCAGCUGAUGUGGCUCAGACAUUAGAUUCUGCUGUUACCAGCCUGCAUCCAUGCAAUCCACGAAACCUUCCUAUUUACAGAGAAAUUGAAAUGUGCAUGGGAAGAAUUAAGACCCAGAUUUUAGCUCUCAUCCCUACCUGACUUAUAUCUGUUCCUUUUCUCGAGUUGUAUAUAGGAUGCUGAAAUAUUCGUUCAUUUCAGUCAGAGAAGUUCCUCGCCAACCUUGUAAUUUAUGGCAUUUUAUAUCAUGUCAAUAGGGUCAAGCGCUGGAAGCAGAUAUAACAUAGUUGAUCUAAUCUUGAAACAUCUCUUUGUAUCUAUAAAAUAAAAUCUUUAU